CUUCCCCCAAACUAAACACAGUAGCGUCCGUAGCUUCAGGUAGAAGCAACAGGUAACAGAUUCAAGAUGGCUGGUACAGCGAGGCAUGACCGGGAGAUGGCUAUCCAAGCCAAGAGAAACCUGGCCAUAACCAAAGAUCCAAUUGAGAGGCUGCGGCUUCAGUGUUUGGCCAGAGGGUCUGCAGGCAUCAAAGGCCUUGCAAGGGUAUUUCGUAUCAUGGAUGACGACAACAGCCGAACUCUUGAUUUCAAGGAGUUCUUGAAAGGCCUCCACGAUUAUGCUGUGUUGAUUGAGAAAGAAGAAGCUGAACGGAUUUUCAGAAUUUUUGAUAAAGAUGGGAGUGGAACAAUAGACUUUGAUGAAUUUCUCGUAACAUUAAGACCUCCUAUGUCAAAUGCCAGGAAAGUAGUCAUCAUGCAAGCCUUCCGAAAGCUGGACAGGACCGGAGAUGGCAUUGUCACCAUUGAAGAUCUGCAAGGAGUCUACAAUGUAAAACAUCACCCCAAGUAUCAGAACGGAGAGUGGACGGAAGAUCAAGUGUUUAGGACUUUUCUAGAUAACUUUGAUUCACCCUACGACAAAGAUGGGCAGGUGACAACGGACGAAUUCAUGAACUAUUACGCUGGUGUCAGUGCCUCGAUAGAUACGGAUGUCUAUUUCAUUGUGAUGAUGAAAAAUGCUUGGAAAAUCUGAUUGUACGAUUUUAUAAAAACAACACCUUCCCCCUCCCUCCCUUUUCUUCUUGCUUGUAACAUCUCCUUAGCCUCGCAUGCAGAACGGAGCGGUCGUGUUAAAUGGGAUUUAAACCACGCAGUAAAAGAAAGAACAGUCCCCAUGAACACGGCUGGUGUUCUGGCAGGACCACUCCUGGGGGCAGAAGGGCCUCUUACUUCACCAAACACAGGUUGCCAAAACGUGCAGUGUGACCGUGGA